GUCCCUGCAAGCGCCAUGGCACAGCCCCGCCUCACCGACUUCUUCGCGCGCCGCCGCCCCGGGCCCCAUGCCUCCCGGCCGCGCACCAAGGCGGCUUGGCGCACCCCGAGCCCCACCGAGCCCGCGCUCCGCGCCCGGGUCCGCACCCCCGGCAGCAGCCGCAAGCGCCCCCGCCCGCCCGCCGAGCCUGCGCGCGACCGCCCCGCGCCCCCCGCGCGCCGGAGGCUGCGGCUGCCGGCGGACGCGGCCUCCCGUCCGGCGCCGGCUGUCCCUGACGCCCCGGAGGACUCUUCUGACCCUUCUGACCCGGCUGCCCUGGCCGCCCCGGCUGUCCCUGACGUCCCGGAUGACUCUGCUGACCCUGCCUCUCCAUCUGACCCAGCUGCCCUGGCCGCCCCGGCUGUCCCUGACACCCCGGGUGGCUCUGCUGACCCUGCCUCUCCAUCUGACCCGGCUGCCCUGUCCGCCCCGGCUGUCCCUGACGCCUCAGAUGUCCCUGCUGCCCCACCUGCCCCAGCUGCCCUGGCCGCCCCGGCUGUCCCGGACACCCCGGGUGGCUCUGCUGACCCUGGCUCUCCAACUGACCCGGCUGCCCUGGCUGCCCCGGCUGUCCCUGACGCCUCAGAUGUCCCUGCUGCCCCACCUGCCCCAGCUGCCCUGGCUGUCCCUGGCUCCCCAGAGCAGGCCCCUCUCUCAGCAGGUCGGCUGCAUCGCCUGGCUGCCCAGGAGAGCAGGGCCUCCUCAAAAGUCACUCUUUCUGAGCUCAAGUCGUGUCUGCAGCGGGCACGGGAGCUUGGGGCUCGGGCCCAGAAGCUGAGGGCAGGUGCCCAGAGGAAGGAUGCUGGGGAAUCCAGCGUCCCCAAGGACCAGGGGCACCCAGCAGGGGCGUGUGGAGAGAAGGCACCUGCCUACCAGCGCUUCCAUGCCCUGGCGCAGCCGGGGCCCCCAGGCCUCGUGCUGCCGUACAAGUACCAGGUGCUGGCGGAGAUGUUCCGCAGCAUGGACACCAUCGUGGGCAUGCUCUACAACCGCUCUGAGACCGUGACCUUUGCCAAAGUCAAGCAGGGUGUCCAGGACAUGAUGCGCAAGCGCUUUGAGGAGCGCAACGUGGGCCAGAUCAGAACUGUGUACCCUGCUUGUUAUCGCUUCCGCCAGGAGCGCAACAUCCCCACCUUCAAGGAUGGCAUUAAGAGAUCUGAUUACCAGCUUACCAUCGAGCCAGUGUUGGACCAGGAGGCUGGCAGCGCGGCUCCCCAGCUCACGGCCUCACACCUCCUGCAGCGCCGGCAGGUUUUCAGCCAGAAUCUGGUGGAGCGCGUACGGGAGCAUCACAGGGCCUUCCUGGCCUCCCUGAACCCUCCCAUGGUGGUGCCUGAGGAGCGGCUGACACGCUGGCACCCACGCUUCAAUGUGGACGAAGUACCUGACAUCGAGCCGGCUGAGCUGCCCCGGCCACCUGCCACGGAGAAGGUGGCCACCGCACAAGAGGUGUUGGCUCGUGCCCGCGGCCUCAUGUCACCCAGGAUGGAAAAGGCCCUGAGUGACCUGGCUCUGCGUACGACCAAGCCUAGCAGCCCUGGGGCCCCCAGCCCUGCCCUGCCGGUCACCCCACCUGCGACCCUGAAGGGGGUGUCCCAGGACCUGCUAGAGAGGAUCCGCUGCAAGGAGGCACAGAAGCAGCUGGCGCAGAUGACCCGAAACCCAGAGCAGGAGCAGCGGCUGCAACGGCUGCAGCGGCUGCCCGAGCUGGCCCGCGUGCUGCGCAGCAUCUUUGUGUCCGAGCGUAAGCCUGCGCUCACCAUGGAGGUGGCCUGCAGCAGGAUGGUGGGCAGCUACCCUGCAGCCAUGAACCCCGGAGAGAUGGAGAAGCACAUACGGCUCCUUUCUGAGCUGCUACCCGACUGGCUUAGCCUCCACCACAUCCGCACAGACACCUACAUCAAGCUGGACAAGGCUGCUGACCUGGCAGGUGUCAUCAUGAGGCUUGCCCACCUUGCCCUUGCAGAGGCAGCACUGUGAGCCUUGCGGACACUGGCCUCAGGCUCCUGGCCCACCCGCUGUGUCCAUUUUACUCCCAUUAGGAACACGAUGCACUUUCCUCCCUUCUGCACUCCCCACCAGGCUUUCUGGCCAGUGUGGAUGGUAGGCCUACCCCAGAGCAGCGUAUCGUCAUUAAACUGAUUUCUGUUGGGGA